AUGACAAUAAUUACUACUGACGUUAAUCUUUUCCAGGAAGUAGCCAAACUUCCCUCCGAAAUCACUACUAUAAUACUUGGUUAUUUACCAAAAUGUAUAUUACCCAAGUUAUUGUUCUUCCCACCGAUUCAAAGGGAAGUGGCAUCUACAAUUUUGUCAGAUGUUAAUAUUACCGAGUACAUUCAUAGACACAAGGGCAGUGAUCUGCCAGGUGUUGGCUACUCCGAAUGUGACUGUGACCGGUUUAAAAUCGAACUUGCUGAUUUGAAGAAGGGAAUUGCUCAAUGGAAUGUAUACCCAAGAGCAGUCCAUAUACACGGAAAAUUUGUAAGUAGGGAUGUUUUGAAUACUUUCCCCAGGCUUUUAAAGGAAGCUCUGAGUAUUAAUGGUACUCUUUCUCAGGGUGAAGGUAUAAAAGCAGAAGAAUUGUUAAAUAAAUUCUUGGAUUCUUCUAUUACGUUUGAUUCUUUAAGAUUGUCAAGUUUUUGGGAUCCAGUUACGUUUCCACCAAUUGCCAGAUCCAUUCGGGUAUUUGACACCACAUUGAAUAGCUAUGCGAUUCCAGGUGCAAAACAGAUGGAUAUACAUUUUGAUGAUAAUGAACCCCAAACAUACACUUUUUCACCCGAUUUAAAAGAUUUGUGUAUUCGCUUUAACUCCACGAUUCAAGUGACUUUACCUUCAAAUUUACAGAAACUAUGUAUGACAACAUCUUUGGAUUCAGCAAAUUUCGUUUCUGAAGAAUUGGUACAUUUAGAGCAUUUACAACUCGAGUUACCGAACAUUAAAUCAUUUGCUGAAACUGGAAUAAUUGCUCCAAAUCUAAAAAUACUAAAAUUAGAAAAUUGUGGUAAUUUAGUCAACCUUGAUACCUUGAAACAGUUUGAACUGUUAAAGCAUCUAGUUUUAAAGUACUGUGUCUAUCCAGUUAACUUAUUUGAGAGAAGUUCUUUUACUGAGCUAGAAAGUUUUGAGUACACUGGAAAAGGCUUGCCAGUUUCAGGUAACUCCGGUAGUGCAAUUUUGACUUUUCCUUCCAAUUUGACACUGUUACUGAUCAAUAAUAUUGGAGAAACAGAUGUUAAUUUGAGUACUCUAGUGUUUCCUGCCAAAUUGAUGCGUUUAGAACUUUUGAAUUUAACAUUUAAUGAUGGAUACUUUCAUUUAGGUGACAAUUUGCAAUAUAUUCACAUUGAGACAUCAAGACUUGCAUUUGAGAGUAGUUUCAGAAUUCCAAAUUUUGCUGGGGAGUUGUUAUUACAGGCUGAUUAUCUCACAUUUGAAAGCCUGGAUUUUAUGUUUCAUUUGCCGAAUAAUCUUGUACGAUUGCACUUGAUUGCAAACAAGCAGGGGAAAAUGUCUCGUCUAAUCCAAGAAAUUAAAUGGCCCUUAGUAUUAGGUGAUUUUGUUUUUAAAAAUUUUAAUAUUGAUUACCGGACAUUAGAAUUAUUGAACUUGAAAGAAUCCGGACUUGAAGUGAUCAAUAUUCGUGGAGGUGACAUCAAGACGUUUGAUAUUGAUCUAUUUCCAGUUAGCGUUAAAAAUCUAACUUUGAUGGAAAUGGGAAUACAAAAGCUACCUGCAUCGUUUGAAAGAUUGAAGAGCCUACGUAAAUUGACACUAAUGAGAAAUCGUUUGAAAAGAGUAGACCUGGUUAAGUUACCAGUAUCAUCAUUGGAGGUAUUAGACAUAAGUCAGUGUGACCUUCGUUUGAUAUCACCAUUUGUGGUUUCAAUGUACGAAGAAAAGAAUAAGAAUGCAAGGCUAAGGGUAGACGCUAGAGGUAAUUUAAAUGUGAGUGUUAUUGAUGUGAGGAAGGUAAUGAAAGCAGUCAAAGGGCUCUCUUUAAAUCUCAACGAAUUUAGUGAUACAUUGAAAGAAAUAUCCCAGCACUCGUAUCGUUUGUCUUGUGUGUACUUGGCCCGUGAUCCCUAUUUUGAAAAAUCUGAACCCUCUGAAACAGAAGAGGUAGUUGCUGAAUAUAAUUCAGAUGAUCUUUACAAUGGAAGUGUGUUUACCCUGGAUGAAGAAUAUACUGACGAUGAUGAUUAUGGUGGCCGUAACGUUAUUGUGGAAGCAUUGGGCUUAGAUAGUGACGAUGAAUCAGAUUCUUGA